AACAGAAGAAAGUUGGCUUCAAGGAUUGUCCAGUAAAAAGCUGCAAAAGAAGAAAGCAGACGAUGCAGUAAUGGAAGUUGAAUCUGAAUGUCUGGCAGCUAAGAUAAGAGAAAAAUGGGUAGUUAAUCCAGAGGAGCCAGAACUAAAUAUUUUAUAUGAGCUGGAGUUUAAGGACGACUUCCUAACGUUGUUCGAGCCUUCCCUGAGAACGUUACCCAGCAUUGGGCCACCAUCCAUUCUGGCAUACAAAGAAGAGAGCUCUAAUUUAAACAUUAGCUUCAAGGAUGAAGAGGAGUUGUCACCCCCUGAGUGUGAAUUUUGUGGAAGCAAUCUAAGAGCAUUUUUUUCCAAUGUGGACGUUUGCUCUGAACCAAUAAAAUGUACUUCCUGCUGUAUUUCUUUCCAAAAUCUGAUUGACUAUAUCUAUGAGGAAGGAAAAAAAACCGAGAGCCCUAAAACUGAAAAAAUUUGUAUCAACCCUCACGCAGCCCACGGCAAUGAAGUCGACAGACUCAAGGCAAAGGAAAAAGCCUUCCGGAGAAAACAGGAGCGACAAAUAGCCAGAUAUUUUCCAAUAAUAUCAAACGACCAGCCGAAUUUCACUGAGGAAGAUCCAAAGCGCAUGAAAACAAUUUCUUAUCAACUUUCCAUGAAUAUUCCAGAACCAGAAAUAAAUGAUGACAUACUAUGUGAUUUUCAGCUUAAAAACAGUAAUAUGUCCAUUGUUUGCUGUGAUUCUAGGAUAGCAUGUGGAAAGGCUGUGAGAAACGAGCUCUUAGAGAAGCACUACAAACAUGGGAGCAAGUUUCUGACUUCAUUUCCAGAUGGGACAACGCAAAUAUUCUAUCCAUCUGGAAACCUCGCCAUCAUCCGAGUGCCCAACAAGAUAAGUGGUUUCACUUGUAUAGUCCAAGAAGACACGUUCACUAACCCUGCCAUCCUGGCAGUGCUGGAUUCCUCUGGCAGAAGUUCCUGUUAUCAUCCCAAUGGAAAUGUCUGGGUAUAUGUCAAUAUCUUGGGAGGUCAAUAUUCAGAUCAAGAUGGCAACAGAAUAAGGGCUUGGAAUUGGUCCAGUUCCAUUGGCUCCUCGCCCUUCGUUUCAUUUAAACCGGUCUUUCUGGCUUUGAACCAUUAUAUUGGAGUCCGCAUCUUAGAACAAGACAAGAUUUCCAUCACUUUUCUAGCAAUGGGCCAACAAGCAAGAAUCGGUGUGGGAACCAAAGUGAAGCUGCCAAACCCCGAGGAGAUGCCCAUCCUCCGCUACCUCAAUGGAGACGACCUCCUCCUGCUGGCCAGUUUAAUAAAGAUUCGACGCCUGUUUCAUAAACUUGAGGGAUAUGUGACUUUUCCCUCAAGCCAAGUUGGGGAAAAAUUAAAGCAGCCUUCCUACCUGUCUUCACUUUCUUUAAAACUAAUUGCCCUCUGUCACAGUUCCAGAAUAAAUCAAGAUAUAAUGACAAUGAUAAGAAAUACAAUAAAUGAAAAAAUUUAA